AUGCUGGAAGUAGGCGAAGGAGGUAUGCAGCAGCAAGCUGACGAGCAUGCCGACCGGCGAUGCCCCGUACCGCAUGCAAAAAACACACCGCUGCCACCAGGGCAUCCGGAAGUGCCCAAUGCGAUUCCUUCGAAGCUGAAACCGCCAUCUGGGGAGCACUGUAUUUUUCUAAGACAAUCGGAUGACACGCAGGCGCCAGAGGCUGAUCCUAGCCGCCCAGUCGUACUGCCACCGAACAUGACAAAUGUGCAGGACUCUUACUAUACACUUGUGCUGUCAAGUCGUAAAAGCGAGCUGGCCGUGCGGCAAGCGACACAGGUGCAGAUGCUCCUGGAUACGCGGUACGGCCGUGCAUCGCCUGUAUUCGCUCCAGGUGCUGACCAAUGGCCAUCGACAGAGGUCGCGAACAUUCGCGCAUUUUUGCGUACCUUCUCACCUGAUCAAAAGGAUGUCCGCCCAGUUGAUUUUCCCGUGCGCACGAUGGCGACACUAGGUGAUCAGAACUUAAAGUCACCCCUCUAUGUGAUUGGCGGUGAAGGCAGGGCAAUCUGGACCAAAGAACUAGAGGUGGCUCUGAUGGCAGGUGGCGUUGAUGCCAUUGUGCAUAGCCUGAAGGAUGUGCCUACGACCAUGCCUGACGGCGUAGAGCUUGCUGCAAUCUUGGAGCGUGAAGACCCCCGAGAUGCCCUGGUCGUAAAAGAGAAUCUACCAUACAAGAGCCUGCAGGAAAUGCCACAAGGAUCGGUGAUCGGAACAUCGUCUGUGCGGCGCGUCUCGCUCUUGCGUCGCGCAUACCCACACCUUAUGUUCAGCGAUGUGCGAGGAAAUAUUAAUACACGUCUUGCCAAGCUAGAUGCAGCAGACGGACCAUACACAGCGCUUGUGCUUGCGGCUGCAGGCUUGAAGCGCAUGGACCUCGAGCACCGCAUUACCGCAUACGUGUCGGAGCCGGUGAUGCUGCAUGCCGUUGGCCAGGGAUCGCUUGCUAUUGAAGUGCGUACGCCGCGUGGUGAGUCGGCGGAGCGUGAUGAACGGAUUCGACGCAUGAUCCGCAGCAUAUCGAACUGGCGAGCGACAUGGCGCUGUGUUGCUGAGCGCGCGCUUAUGCAUCGGAUGGAGGGCGGUUGCUCCAUUCCACUGGGCGUGUCCACACGCUUUGAAGACCAUGCCGACAUUGAGGGGCUCUUGAAUGAGCGGAACGAGACUCCCUCAGAGAUGGCCAGUGCAGGUAUCUCAAGGCCUGACAUUCGCAUUGCCCAUGAGCCACCACCGCAAGGCUCUUUUUUGACAAUGGCAGCCGUUAUCGUGUCGCUGGACGGCACACGCAUGUGCAAACAUUCACACACGCAGCUUUGUCGGAGUGAAAAGGAUGCUGAACAACUGGGCAUCCUCGUUGCUGAAGAAUUAGAACACCAUCAAAAUGCACGUGCGAUUCUCGCUGAGGUUGAGCACCACCGCCACUUGGCCGAGGUAGCGGACGAGAAACGACGUGCGGCUCAAAAGGCUGGCGAAGCUGUUGACUCGCAAGUGAAAGAGGUGGAUCGGCGUGGGCUGCCACGUGAUGAUGGCGUUGCGAAAGCGUGGGAGGUGUGA